GGUCCCGAAGUGACCCGUUCACCAAGCUUGAAAGCGAUUAAUCGGUGAAAGUGAUGCCCCAAUCGCCGCGCAAAAAGUUCCAUCCGCAACGACGGCUAUCGAUUAGUAUCGCCUGUCAAUUGGGCAUUGUUUUUUAUAGAAGCAGCAAGAUGAGCACCUACCUACAGAGCAGCGAGGGCAAGUUCAUCCCGGCCACCAAGCGGCCGGAUGGCACCUGGCGCAAGGCGCGUCGCGUCAAGGAUGGCUACGUGCCGCAGGAGGAGGUGCCGCUGUACGAGAGCAAGGGCAAGCAGUUCGUGGCCCAGCGCAGCCAGGCCGGAGUGCCGCCUGGCAUGUGUCCCCUGGUGGCCGCCGAGUCCAAGAAGGAGCGCGAGAAGCAGGAGCGCACCAAGGCCAAGCGGCAGGACAAGGAUGCGGCCAGGCAGCCAAAGGCGCCGACGCCCGGUGUCCUGGUUAUUCAGCCGCCGCCGUCCAGCACGUGUCCGCCUCUAAAAGCCAAUCAGCAGCAGCAGCAGCAGCAGCAGCAGCAGCAGCAGCCAUCUGGCAGCCGAGAGAUCAACUCGUUGUCCAGGGCCAUGGAGGACACACUCCAGCUGGACGGACAAGCUCAGGAGGUCGAUCCCGCCAAGCUGUUGAAAAAGCUGCGCAAGAAAGUCCGCGAAAUCGAACAGAUCGAGAGCCGGAUUCAGGCCGGCGAGCAGAAGAAACUGGACAAGGAUCAGCUGGACAAGGUGAAAAAGAAGUCGGAGAUCCUGCGGCAAAUCAAGGCCUUGGAGGGCGAGCCGCGCUCAUAGCCCUAAGUGGCAGGCCAGUCCACUCAGAUACUGCUAUAUCCUCACCCUGUGAACAAAUCACCGACCAGAAGUCGCGCCGCCUCACGAAAAUAAAACACAUACGAGUACAUGCCUAUGUCUGUUAAAUAGUUAUAUUAGUUUUAGCCGAAGAUGUCAAAGCCAUUUAGUAAUAUCGAUCUAUUUUAUUAAUGUGUGUCUGUCUUAAAACCUAGUUUAUACGAAUGGAGGAGUGCCGCGUUUAUUUAUGUAUAGGUAACUUUGUAAAUCAGAUUUAAUAAAUUAAACCCAUUUGAAGCGAACAACAUUAAAAA